GGCCACAGCGCCCUGAGUGUCAUUCAAGGGACAGCCCCACCUCAGCCGGGCUCCCCUGUCUCUGCCCAGCCGUCCCUCUCCAUCCUCCGCUCGCCUGGUCCACACUCCAUCCCAAGAAGAGGCAGAGCCCCGAACUGGGGGGAGCUUGGGGGACUGGAAGGCAAAGUCGGCUCGGCUCCCCCCCCACCCCCCUCCACCUGACCUCCCCUGGCUCCGGCAUCCUCGUUCUCUUCCCUCCCCACCUCCUCCCCAGUCCUCCAGCCCUUUCCAGGAGCCCCUCAAGAACGGAGACGACUCCCCAUCCUGACCCCACUGCCAUGUCCAAAAGCUUGAAAAAGAAAAGCCACUGGACUAGCAAAGUCCACGAGAGUGUCAUUGGCAGGAACCCGGAGGGCCAGCUGGGCUUUGAGCUGAAGGGGGGCGCCGAGAAUGGACAGUUCCCCUACCUGGGGGAGGUGAAGCCCGGCAAGGUGGUCUAUGAGAGCGGCAGCAAGUUGGUGUCAGAGGAGCUGCUACUGGAAGUGAACGAGACCCCCGUGGCGGGGCUCACCAUCAGGGACGUGCUGGCGGUGAUCAAACACUGCAAGGACCCCCUCCGGCUCAAGUGUGUCAAGCAAGGAGGAAUUGUUGAUAAGGAUCUUCGUCACUACCUCAAUUUACGAUUUCAGAAGGGUUCUGUGGACCACGAACUUCAGCAAAUCAUCCGUGACAACCUCUACCUCCGCACAGUGCCAUGCACCACAAGGCCACAUAAGGAGGGUGAGGUCCCCGGAGUGGACUAUAUUUUCAUCACUGUUGAGGAUUUUAUGGAACUGGAGAAAAGUGGUGCUCUCCUAGAAAGUGGAACUUAUGAAGACAAUUACUACGGUACUCCGAAGCCUCCAGCCGAACCAGCACCAUUAUUAAAUGUAACAGACCAGAUACUUCCGGGAGCCACUCCAAGUGCUGAAGGGAAACGGAAGAGAAAUAAAUCAGUGAGCAACAUGGAGAAAGCAAGUAUAGAGCCUCCUGAGGAGGAAGAGGAAGAAAGGCCUGUGGUCAAUGGAAAUGGAGUAGUAGUGACGCCAGAAUCCAGUGAACCUGAAGAUAAGAGUGCAGGUGCCUCAGGGGAGACACCCUCCCAGCCUUAUCCUGCACCAGUGUAUAGUCAACCUGAGGAGCUUAAAGAGCAAAUGGAUGAUACAAAGCCAACUAAACCUGAAGAUAAUGAGGAAACAGAUCCAUUGCCGGAUAACUGGGAAAUGGCCUAUACAGAAAAGGGUGAAGUCUACUUCAUUGACCAUAACACAAAGACAACAUCAUGGCUGGAUCCACGACUUGCGAAAAAGGCUAAACCUCCUGAAGAGUGCAAAGAAAAUGAGCUUCCAUAUGGCUGGGAAAAAAUCGAUGAUCCCAUAUACGGCACAUAUUAUGUUGACCACAUAAAUAGAAGAACACAGUUUGAAAACCCUGUCCUGGAAGCAAAAAGGAAGCUACAGCAGCAUAACAUGCCCCACACAGAACUUGGACCAAAGCCCCUGCAGGCCCCCGUUUUCAGAGUAGACAGCGCCUCAUCGACGUUACCUAGGCCCAAAUCCACCCGCCCGCCCACUGGCCCAGGGAGGUCACGCAGCGUGAACGACUUGUCUUUCUAUUGGUGUGGCCACGCGGGGAGACCCUGGCGGUUGGAAAAACCGCUCUUUACCCGGGACGCCUCCCAGUUGAAGGGAACAUUCCUCAGCACCACCCUCAAGAAGAGCAACAUGGGCUUUGGAUUUACCAUCAUUGGUGGAGACGAGCCUGAUGAGUUUCUGCAGGUGAAAAGUGUCAUUCCAGAUGGACCUGCAGCGCAAGAUGGAAAAAUGGAAACAGGUGAUGUCAUUGUCUAUAUUAAUGAAGUUUGUGUCCUUGGACACACUCAUGCAGAUGUAGUCAAACUUUUCCAGUCUGUCCCUAUUGGUCAGAGUGUCAACCUGGUACUGUGUCGUGGCUACCCUCUGCCCUUUGAUCCUGAGGAUCCUGCAAACAGCAUGGUACCACCCCUUGCAAUAAUGGAGAGGCCACCUCCAGUGAUGGUCAAUGGCAGACAUAACUAUGAAACGUAUUUGGAAUACAUUUCUCGGACCUCACAGUCAGUUCCAGAUAUAACAGAUCGACCACCUCACUCUUUGCACUCAAUCCCAGCUGAUGGACAGCUAGAUGGCACGUAUCCACCACCUGUCCAUGACGACAAUGUGUCAAUGGCUUCAUCUGGGGCCACGCAAGCUGAACUUAUGACCUUAACCAUUGUGAAAGGUGCCCAGGGCUUUGGCUUCACUAUCGCCGACAGUCCUACAGGACAGCGGGUGAAACAAAUACUUGACAUUCAGGGAUGCCCUGGACUGUGUGAAGGAGACCUCAUUGUGGAGAUCAACCAGCAGAAUGUACAGAACCUGAGCCAUACGGAAGUAGUGGAUAUUCUUAAGGACUGUCCCAUUGGAAGUGAGACAUCACUGAUUAUCCAUCGAGGAGGUUUCUUUUCUCCAUGGAAAACUCCAAAGCCUAUAAUGGACCGAUGGGAGAAUCAAGGCAGUCCUCAAACAAGUUUAUCUGCUCCUGUCAUUCCGCAGAACCUACCCUUCCCUCCUGCCCUUCACAGGAGUUCCUUUCCUGACUCAACCGAGGCCUUUGAUCCAAGGAAGCCUGAUCCCUAUGAGCUCUAUGAGAAAUCGAGAGCCAUUUAUGAAAGUAGGCAACAAGUGCCACCCAGGACCAGUUUUCGAAUGGAUUCCUCUGGUCCAGAUUAUAAGGAGUUGGAUGUUCACCUUCGGAGGAUGGAGUCUGGAUUUGGAUUCAGAAUCCUCGGGGGAGAUGAACCUGGACAGCCUAUUUUGAUCGGCGCUGUCAUUGCCAUGGGCUCAGCUGACAGAGAUGGCCGUCUACACCCAGGAGAUGAGCUGGUCUAUGUGGAUGGGAUUCCAGUAGCUGGCAAGACCCACCGCUAUGUCAUUGACCUUAUGCACCAUGCAGCCCGGAAUGGGCAAGUCAACCUCACUGUGAGAAGAAAGGUGCUAUGUGGAGGAGAUCCUUGCCCAGAGAAUGGGAGGAGUCCGGGCUCCGUGUCAACUCACCACAGCUCUCCUCGCAGUGACUAUGCCACCUACACCAACAGCAACCACGCAGCCCCCAGCAGCAACUCCUCUCCCCCGGAAGGCUUCACCUCCCACAGCCUGCAGACCAGCGAUGUGGUUAUCCACCGCAAAGAGAACGAGGGCUUCGGCUUUGUCAUCAUCAGCUCCCUCAACAGGCCCGAGUCCGGAUCCACUCUAACUGUGCCCCAUAAAAUCGGACGCAUCAUUGAUGGAAGUCCUGCAGAUCGCUGUGCAAAACUAAAAGUGGGAGACCGGAUCUUAGCCGUGAACAGCCAGUCUAUCAUCAACAUGCCUCAUGCAGACAUCGUGAAGCUCAUCAAGGACGCGGGUCUUAGUGUGACUCUUCGCAUCAUUCCUCAGGAGGAGCUCAACAGCCCAGCCUCCGCACCCAGCUCAGAGAAGCAGAGCCCCAUGGCCCAGCAGCACAGCCCUGUGGCCCAACAGAGCCCACUGGCCCAGCCAAGCCCAGCCACUCCCAAUAGUCCUGUCACCCAACCAGCUCCUCCUCAGCCACUCCAGCUGCAAGGACAUGAAAACAGUUACAGAUCAGAAGUCAAAGCAAGGCAGGACGUGAAACCGGACAUCCGGCAGCCUCCGUUCACCGACUACAGGCAACCCCCACUGGACUACCGGCAGCCCCCCGGCGGCGACUACCAGCAACCCCCGCCUCUGGACUAUAGGCAGCCGCCGCUGCUGGACUACAGGCAGCCGUCCCCGGACACCAGGCCAUACCCGCUGUCAGACUACAGGCCGCCCCCGCAGGACUUUGAUUACUUCACUGUGGACAUGGAGAAAGGAGCCAAAGGAUUUGGAUUCAGCAUUCGUGGGGGAAGAGAAUACAAGAUGGAUCUGUACGUCCUGAGAUUGGCAGAAGAUGGGCCAGCAAUAAGAAAUGGGAGGAUGAGGGUAGGAGAUCAAAUCAUCGAAAUCAAUGGGGAGAGCACAAGGGACAUGACACACGCCAGAGCAAUAGAACUCAUCAAAUCUGGAGGUAGAAGAGUGAGGCUACUGCUGAAGCGUGGGACGGGACAGGUCCCAGAGUAUGACGAACCCGCCCCCUGGAGCGCUCCCGCUGCCGCCGCCGCCGCAGCCGCCGCAGGCCUGCCGGAAGUAGGCCCGGCGCCCGGAGACGCCCUCGCGCCGUUCCCUCCGCCGCCGCACCCAGCCCCGUCCUCCGACCCUUCCCACCCGGCCUGGGACAGCAAGAGGGAGCACGACGUUCGGAAACCAAAGGAGCUUUCGGCCGGCGGCCAGAAGAAGCAGCGCCUCGGGGAGCAGCGGGAGCGCGAGGCCAGCCCGCAGCGGGCGCCGGCGGCUGCUGCAGACGCGGGGGACGCGGCCCGGCGGGGCGGGAAGGAGGGAGCCCGCGCCGCCGCCGCCGCCGCCGCCCCCGCGCGACCCCCGGGCAGCGGCCCCCCGCGCAAGCCGGCCGUGGCGCCCGGGCCCUGGAAGGUGCCGGGCUCCGACAAGCUGCCCGGCGUGCUCAGACCCGGCGCCUCGGCCGCCGGCAGGUGAACGCGCUCGCCCGCCUGCCUCGACGCCGCUUCCCUGCGAUGCCGUCGCCAAGGCGUUUUUUUUUUUUAAUUUAUUUCGCACCGUCCACACGCAUCGAUCCACGAGACCGGGGAGCCUCGCCGGGAAGACAUCCACCACCCCGUCCCCCCGCCCCACCCAACACACACACACGUGUCCGACGAGCCCGCGCCCUGCCGUGUGCACGCGCAGAACCGAACCUGAUCCUAAAGUUACCCCCCCACCCCAACCCCUCCCCAGACCCCUGGAUCCACUGGUGGUGGGGAGGGGGUCCGGUGGGGGGAGCUUGGGCAGCUAUGGCAGAACCAAAAUCACCACGUGAAGAACAUCACCGAGAGACAGUGCAGUGUAGCUUUAGUACAAGAGAAAGUAAUAAUAAUAAUAAUAAUUCCCCUCCACUGCAUGAAGGGUUUGGAUGUCAUCCAAACUUGCUAUCAAGAAACUGGACAAGUUAAGAGCAAUCACAAACUGGAAUCUCGCCUUAAAAAAAAAAAAAUCAAACUGCACGGAGCAAGCUGAAACUGAGACAAGAUUAUAUCUUUUAAUUGAUCUAAAGAGUUGUAAAUAAAUUGUUCUUGACAUAUCUAGACAGGGGUGAAAGGGUUUCUUUGAAACAUACAGAACUGUUUGCCCAUGAUGUUUCCACAGCUCAUCCUUGGCGUCCAUCACCUGUAUUAGCGGCACCGUUCCCUGCUCUCUGCAGGAUGGGUAGAAAUCUAGUGAAUUCAUUGGUGUAAUGCCAUUUUUACUGCCAUUUCUGUGAUCCAGUCAUAUUUCUGUACAUUUUCAGUGGUAGGGAAACAAAGGUAUUAAAAAUUGUGUCCUAGAGAACAGUUUUCCAUGUCAGAAUUUUGCAGUUUAGCUCAUAUGUCCUAAAUUGAUUUUCAUGGAACAUAGGAAUUUUAUGACCGAAGGACCACAAUUUGUAUAAUCAGAAUUGGCAACGCUGCAGUUCCUUUAUGAAAAGGUUUUCCUGUUGUCUCAGGCUAGCAAAAAUAGCUUCUUAUAUCGGCAUUGUUAUAUUUCACUUAUUUUACUGCCUUUUUGAAAACCUUUCAAUUACUUCAUUUUCACAGGUUGAUAGAGCGGAGACAAAGUAUUUCUCUUAUAUUGCACAGAUUAUAAUGAAUCCUUAAUGUUAAAGAAUCAUUAUUAUAACCAGUUUAUUUUCAUUAAAGAACACAAAUCUGUUUAGUUUCCCUUCCUGCUUUGCUUUCCUUAUUCUUCUUUUGUUUCCAUUUAGUUCACUGUCUUGUUUUUGCCAAUUAAAAAAAAAACUCUUAACAACUUAUAGAUUCCUUUUCAUCUUCAUGAUUGAUCCUCUAGUAAAAUUCUAAGGCUUGACUUUCAUCCCUGCUGUUUGACUAUUUCUUUGUAAAAUGCUACCUUCAAUUAAUUAUACGUUGCUACUUACUUGUAGCUACAAAUAUUAAAAGGCAAAAUGUUCCUAAGGGCAAUUUUGCUUUGAUAUGCCCUCCCUCAAUGAAGCCUCUUCCAUCCGGUAUUUUGCCCCUUACAGGAUGUUCAGAUGCAAAUCAGCCUUACCUCUUGGCACUUGUAGACAAAUAAGUGAAACAGGAAGAUCAGGUGUCUCACAGGAGGUCACACUUAAUAGCCGCCCUCCUUGACUCCUGCCUGCUUUGUAAUUACGCUAUCCGAGCACUCUCCCCCUUUCAUUUCCAUCAGCCAUAGGAGCAGUUUGUUGUUUGACAAGAGGAAAAUGUGAGUGAAAGCCUCUAGUGAAGGGUCUUGCAGCCUGUAAAAGCAAUUUCCAAAAAUAAAACCCAUUUGUCAUAAACAAAAGCACAAACACAUGUAGCACUUUUGGUUUAAUCUCAACUAGUCUUUCUCCCCUGGACUAGAAAUCCAGUAUAGUUUGCCAUUAAUUUAUUGAAUCUGGUUUGGACAAUGCUUCUGUAGUGUAGCUGCACGUCCUGGUACUGUAUUCUCUGACCUUUAUUUUCCAUGUGUUAAAAAGGAAAAAAAAAUUCAGAUUACGCUUGCAUAAACUCUAAUUUGCACAGUUCAUAGCUACUACUGGUGCAGUAAUUGCUUUAUGCAGCUGUAAUCCAUAACCUGUGAGGACAGCACAUCAUCUAAAUCCCAUUCCAAAUAAUAUUUCUGUGUAGUGUUAGCUGUGAAUUUACCCUGUACAGCUGUAUCUCUAUAAAUAUAAUUCCAUGUAUUAAUAGUCACAGAAAGACUGUAAGUGAGCAACUAUUUUUAUGAAACGCACCACUAUGGAUAAAUUAACUUUUACAGAAAUCUUGUUUACUGUAUGAUAUUCUAAAACACUGUCAAAUAAAAUAUAUAUCCAAAAACGUUUUCUUUUUCCAACUA